GGCACCCUGCUAGUUUGAUAAAAUACGAUACGCUGUCACGACUAGUUCUCUAAUUAAAACCCUUGGUGAAGCUUGAAUUGGAGGGGAAAAGGGGGCAGUUUGUACCACGGAGAGAGAGAGAGAGAGAGAGAGAUGCCGGUGGCGCGACCAGAAACGUCGGAUUCCAGGAUCAUUGCUCACGUCGAUAUGGAUUGCUUCUACGUCCAAGUGGAGCAACGAAAACAGCCUCGUUUGAGAGGCCAACCCACUGCUGUGGUUCAAUACAACUCUUGGAAAGGUGGGGGUCUGAUUGCUGUCGGUUACGAAGCUAGAAAAGACGGUGUAAAACGCUCAAUGAGAGGCAAUGAAGCAAAGAAAGUUUGUCCCCAAAUUCAGUUGGUCCAAGUCCCAAUGGCCCGUGGUAAAGCUGACUUGACCAUAUAUAGGAAUGCCGGUUCAGAGGUUGUUUCUAUUCUUGCAAGAAAGGGUCGAUGCGAGCGGGCGUCGAUUGAUGAGGUGUACCUUGACCUUACUGAUGCUGCUGAGACAAUGUUGAAAGAAACACCGUUAGAAAACUUGGAAAAUAUUGACGAAGAAGUUCUUAAAUCACAUGUUUUGGGGCUUAGUUUGAAUGAAAACGAUGAGAAAGAAAUUGUGAGGGAAUGGCUGACGAGAAGAGAUGCUGAUCACCGUGAUAAACUGUUAGCAUGUGGAGCAGGUUUUAUGGUCCACAGAUGCAGCAGAUUCACACAAAAUGUCCCCUUUUAAGUCUUGCUCUUUGAGACACGGAGCAAUGAAGAUUCUACAAGAUUCCGGAACUUGUUCCAUCAUGAGAUAUUUUCAUGGUCAAUAUCGGUUUCACGCUUUAUGAGAAUCGUCUGAUGAAAAGUUUGAACUCGAGGAUGAUGAUUUCUCACCAUCAAGUAGUUAAUUAAUCCUUCUUGUGAUGGUUUUUAUGUUUAUUAGAACAUUAAUUAGUUCUUUCAUUUGAUUAGGAACCUAUAGCUAUUCAGCCUCUCAUCAAAACUGAAUGUGGUGGGGAACAGAAUUUUGUUUUACUUCCUCCCUCCCAUUCAAUUUCAUCAUGAUACACAUGCAAAAUGUUUUCUGA